AACAGGCGCUUUUAUUUAAAGCGUCUAGUAACUUAGAGCAACAAAAUAUUUGCAGAAAUGGCAGUGGGAUUUUCUGGCGUAGUCAGCUUUUUCAACUACCUUAUAUAUAACCCAUGGGUUUUGUUUCUUCUAUUCCUACUGUACUGUUUCAUUUAUGCAUUGUCAAUUUUUAUUUCGGGACCUAAACCUGGAAGAAAUCCAUUUUCGGUCGGCCAUGUUCGCCCACCCAAACCAUUGGUAACAGAUCAUAACCUGAGAAAUAAAGUUUUAAAACAAAGAUUUAAAGUCCAGAGAGUUCCAGAAAAUAUAGACACAAUCAUCAUUGGUAGUGGUAUAGGAGGUCUAUCUACAGCAGUGCUACUAGGAAGGGCAGGAUAUAAAGUGUUAGUUUUAGAACAACAUGACCAGGCUGGGGGCUGCUGCCAUACCUUUGUGGAUAAAGGUUAUGAGUUUGAUACAGGUAUACAUUAUGUUGGUAAAAUGAUGGAUGGAGACAUGACUAGAGUACUCACUGACCAGAUUACUGAGGGACAGGUUGUCUGGGAACCAAUGGAUAAAGAGUUUGACUCCGUUGCCCUUGGAGACCCAAGUAAAUCUACACUGAAAUGGUUCACACUGACAUCUGGCUCUAGGCAAGAGUUUGCCAACCAUCUUAAAAAACAGUUUCCUGAUGAAGAGGCGGCAAUAGAGAAAUUCAUGACACUGUUGAAUGAUUGUAGAGGGGCGUUUAUGGGUAUAAUGAUUCCCAAGAUGAUGCCGUUGUGGUUAGCCAAGUUUGUGAUACAGACAGGGAUAUAUCAGCUUUUUAUGCGCAAGUUUAUGAAACUCUCUAAACUAACGUUGAAGGACGCUCUGGAUGGCAUGACUGAUGAUGCAGACUUUAAAGCGGUUGUGUCAUAUAUAUUUGGUGAUAUAGGUGUGUUGCCUAGUGAGUUAAGUGUUGUGAACUACGCAGCUUUGAUCAACCAUUACCUGCCAGGUGCCUUCUAUCCAUUAGGUGGUACUAGUGAGAUCGCAUUCCAGAUUGUUCCAAUCAUAGAGAAGUAUGGGGGACGUGUUUUUGUUGAUGCACCUGUCACCCAGAUAUUGUUAAAUGAUAAAGGAAAAGCACAUGGUGUACGUAUAAGAAGAAAUAACAAUGACAUAGAUUUGUUUGCUAAGAGGAUAAUAUCAGACGCAGGUGUAAUCAAUACAUUCAAACAUUUGCUACCUCAGGAAGUGGCCGUUAAAGCUCCAUUAUACAAAUACAUCAAUGGAAUUGGUCCAAGUGUGUCAUGCCUUACUGUGUUCGCUGGUUUCGAGGGUACAAGUUCAGAGCUAGGGCUUAAUAAAGGGAAUACCUGGGCAUUUAUGCAGAAUGAUCUAGAACAGGAGUUAAAGACAUAUGUUUCAAUGAGUGUAGAGGACGCAGCAGAUAGUGACUGUCCCCUCAUGUUUAUAUCAUUCCCGUCUGCUAAAGAUUCAGCCUGGGAGGACCGAUUUCCAGGAAAAUCAGUAGCUUUGUUGAUAACCUUGUUACCAUGGCAAUGGUUCAACAAAUGGGAAGGUGGGAGAGUAAAGCAUCGUGGGGAUGAUUAUAAUGAUCUCAAGGAGAGAAUCGCCAAACAGAUGUGGCGGCAGUGCGAGCAACUGUUCCCAAAACUAGAGGGAAAGCUUGCAUAUCUUGAUGUUGGUUCACCAUUGUCCAACAAAUAUUAUCUUGGACAGCCAGAAGGCGAAAUGUAUGGUCUUGGCCAUGGAUUACAAAGGUUUGAUCCAGAAAUGUCCAUGCACCUGAGAGCUGAAUCAGGGAUCCCAGGACUUUGGCUUACCGGACAGGACAUUGUCACAUGUGGAUUCAGUGGUGCUUUACAUGCUGGUGUGAUUACAGCAUCUAGAAUUCUACAUAGAAAUCUUGUCAAUGACCUCACAGCUGUUACCAAGGAAACCAGAAAGUUGAUGAAAAUGACAAGUGCGAAUGGGAAAAAAACAAAUUGACAUUGUUUUGUUUUAUGUAUCAAUAAUUUGUUCCAUGGGUUGUGUUACGGUUAUAAAA